UUCCUGGUGACUAGGAUGUCGUCGGAGGAGGACAAGAGCGCGGAGCAGCCGCAGCCGCCGCCACCACCCCCCGAGGAGCCCGGAGCCCCGGCCCCGAGCCCCGCAGCCGCAGACAAAAGACCUCGGGGCCGGCCUCGCAAAGAUGGCGCUUCCCCUUUCCAGAGAGCCAGAAAGAAGCCUCGGAGUAGAGGAAAAUCUACAGUGGAAGAUGAGGACAGCUUGGAUGGGCUGGAGACUGCAGAAACGGAGAAUAUCGUGGAAACAGCAGAGGUCAAAGAGCAGUCUGCGGAGGAGGAUGCGGAGGCGGAGGCGGACGGCAGCCAGCGGCCCCCGGCCCUGCAGCGCUCCCUGUCGGAAGAGGCGGCGAGCUCCCCGGUCUCCGUGGGUGUGGAAGCCAAAAUCAGUGAACAGCUCUGCGCUUUUUGUUACUGUGGUGAAAAAAGUUCCUUGGGACAAGGAGACUUAAAACAAUUCAGAGGGACGCCCGGAUUUAUCCUGCCGAGGAAAAACCAGCCUUCGAGCAGGAAGGACGCUGACGGCAACAGCAACGGCACCUGUGAGAAGACGCCGGCCUCCGCGCCGCGGAGACAGAGAGGACAGAGAAGAGAACGGUCUCCUCAGCAGAACACAGUGUCCCGUGUGAGUGUGAGCACACAGACCCCUUCCGACGACCAGGCUGGUCAGUUAUGGGAUGAACUCAGUCUGGUCGGCCUUCCCGAUGCCGUUGAUGUCCAAGCCUUAUUUGACCCUACAGGCACCUGCUGGGCCCAUCACCGCUGCGUGGAGUGGUCGCUGGGAGUGUGCCAGGUGGAGGGGCCGCUGUCGGUGAGCGUGGACAAAGCUGUCGUCUCAGGGAGCACAGAACGAUGUGCAUUUUGUAAGCACCUUGGAGCCACUAUCAAAUGCUGUGAAGAGAAUUGUACCCAGAGGUACCAUUACCCUUGUGCUGUGGGGGCCGGAACCUUUCAGGACGUCAGUCACUUCUUCCUUCUUUGUCCAGAGCACAUCGACCAAGCUCCCGAAAGAUCCAAGGAAGAUGCAAACUGCGCGGUGUGCGACAGCCCGGGAGACCUGUUCGAUCAGUUCUUCUGCACCACGUGCGGCCAGCACUACCACGGGAUGUGCCUGGAUAUCGCGGUCACUCCGGUAAAGCGCGCAGGGUGGCAGUGUCCUGAGUGCAAAGUGUGCCAGAACUGCAAACAAUCGGGAGAAGAUAGCAAGAUGCUAGUGUGUGAUACGUGUGACAAAGGGUAUCAUACUUUUUGUCUUCAACCAGUUAUGAAAUCAGUACCAACCAAUGGCUGGAAAUGCAAAAACUGCAGGAUAUGUGUCCAGUGCGGCACGCGGUCCAGUUCUCAGUGGCACCACAAUUGCCUGGUAUGUGACAGUUGUUACCAGCAGCAGGAUAACUUGUGUCCUUUCUGCGGGAAGUGCUACAGCCCAGAACUGCAGAAGGACAUGCUUCACUGUAACAUGUGCAAAAGGUGGGUUCACUCAGAAUGUGACAAGCCAGCGGAUCCCGAGCUGGACUCGCAGCUCAGAGAAGAGUAUGUCUGCACGUACUGCAGACACCUGGCCGCCGAGAUGGACGCGCUGCAGACGGGCAGCAGUGUGGACAUGGCCGACGUCAACCCAGAUUAUAACAAUGAAAUGGAAGUUGAAGGCCCUGAAGACCCAGUGGUGUUUCUGGAGCAGGCAGUUCGUAAAGAUGCCAGUAGUCAGGAGUCCACACCUGGAAUUGUUCCAGAGGCAGUUCAGAUCCACGCUGGAGAGCAACAGAAGAGGAAUCCACCAGAAAGUCUCGACACACACGGUCUUCUCAUUUCUGAAUCAUCUCAAGAUAAAAUGCACCCCGAAUUGGAAAAUCAGAUUUCUCACGCAGUCGAUGAUGAAAAAAUGGAAACCUCUUCUAAAGUGCCGCACACUUGUGCCGAAGAUCACAGCGACAGCAGAAUGGAGGUGACAGAAAACGUCGAAGUCCUUGCACACCCGGGCCCCAUGCAAGAGGAGCUGCAGUUGCUGGAGGAACCCCAAACGGCAGGGUCCACGGAGGAGUCCAGGUCUCCCACCGUGAUCAUCGAUGCUGUCACCGGUCCACCAGGAACCGUGGUGUCCCUAUGUGAGGAGAGCACCGUAUGCCCCAAGGAGCAGUCGACUGUAGAAAAGGUACAAGAAGAAACGGAAAAGAAAGUUAGCUCUGACUCUCCCACUGCCUUUAUGGACUUUGAAACAACUCCUGCCGUUGAGAGCUGUGCGAAGGAUGCUUUAUGCCAAGACAGACCUGUCCAGUUACCAUCCGAGACGGGGUCACCGUUUCCAUCGGCAGCGGACACCAGCAAGGCCGCCGUGUCUUCCUCCCCUCCCCGCUCCUCAGACCUGCCUCCCCACGACCUGCCGCAUAACUACCCGUCCGCGCUCAACGCCUCUGUGGGAAACACCAUGCCGACCACUUACUUCGCAGUCACUCCAAAAAUCGGCAUGGGUAAACCAGCUAUUACCAAAAGAAAAUUUUCUCCCGGUAGACCUCGGUCCAAACAGGGGGCUUGGAGUACCCAUAACACAGUGAGCCCACCCUCCUGGGCCCCAGACAUUUCAGAAGGUCGGGACAUUUUUAAACCCAGGCAGCUUCCUGGCGGUGCCAUUUGGAGCAUCAAAGUGGGCCGAGGCUCCGGCUUCCCAGGACGGCGGAGACCCCGAGGUGCGGGGCUGUCUGGCCGCGGCGGCAGAGGCAGGUCCAAGUUGAAGAGUGGAAUCGGGGCCGUCCUGCUCCCGGGGGUGUCUGCUGCGGACAUUUCAUCGAACAAGGAUGAAGAAGAAAACUCCAUGCACAACACGGUUGUGUUGUUUUCUAGUAGCGACAAGUUCACUUUGCACCAGGAUAUGUGCGUAGUUUGUGGCAGUUUUGGCCAAGGAGCAGAGGGACGAUUACUGGCCUGUUCUCAAUGUGGUCAGUGUUACCACCCAUACUGUGUCAGUAUUAAGGUCACGAGUGUGGUUCUCAGCAAAGGCUGGCGGUGCCUGGAGUGCACCGUGUGCGAGGCCUGCGGCAAGGCCACCGACCCCGGCCGGCUGCUGCUGUGUGACGACUGCGACAUCAGCUACCACACCUACUGCCUGGACCCGCCCCUGCAGACCGUCCCCAAAGGAGGCUGGAAGUGCAAAUGGUGCGUGUGGUGCCGGCACUGCGGAGCCACGUCCGCUGGCCUGAGGUGCGAGUGGCAGAACAACUACACCCAGUGCGCCCCCUGUGCCAGCCUGUCCGCCUGCCCCAUCUGCUGCCGCAGCUACCGGGAGGAGGACCUCAUUCUGCAGUGCAGGCAGUGCGACAGAUGGAUGCAUGCGGUUUGUCAGAACUUGAACACCGAAGAGGAGGUGGAGAACGUGGCCGACACCGGCUUCGACUGCGGCCUGUGCAGACCCUACAUGCCGCCCCCACACGCACCCCCCUCGGACUGCUGCGACCCCGCCCUGGUGGCGCAGAUCGUCACGAAAGCGAAGGAGCUAGAUCCACCCAAGACCUACACCCAGGAUGGCGUGUGCCUGACCGAAUCAGGGAGGGCUCAGUUACAGAGCCUCGUAGCCACCGCUCCAAGGAGAAAACGGUCGAAACCAAAGUUGAAAUUGAAGAUUAUAAAUCAGAACAGUGUGGCCGUCCUGCAGACCCCCCCAGACAUCCAGUCAGAGCAUUCUCGGGACGGUGAAAUGGAUGAUAGUCGAGAGGGAGAGCUCAUGGACUGUGACGGGAAGUCCGAAUCCAGCCCCGAGCGGGAAGCCGCGGAUGACGAGGCCAAGGGCGCCGAAGGAGCCGAGGGCGUGAAGAAGAGGAAGCGGAAGCCCUACCGACCAGGCAUUGGUGGAUUUAUGGUACGGCAAAGAAGUCGGACCGGGCAAGGAAAAGCCAAGAGAUCUGUGAUGAGGAAAGACUCCUCGGGCUCCAUUUCUGAGCAGUUACCCAGCCGAGACGACGGCUGGAGCGAGCAGCUGCCAGACUCCCUGGCUGACGAAGCUGUUUCUGUCGCCGGAAACACUGAGAAGAUAAAGAAGAGAUACCGGAAGAGGAAGAACAAGCUCGAGGAGACCUUCCCGGCCUAUCUGCAAGAAGCUUUCUUUGGAAAAGAUCUUCUGGAUACGAGUAGACAGAACAGGCUCAAUGUAGACAACCUGUCGGAAGACCCCGCCCAGCUGUCCUGUAAGACACACGUGAACACGCCUUUCUUGGACCCCUCCCUAGACCCGCUCCUCAGCGCGUCCUCGACGCCAGCGAAGCCCGCAGCUCACGGUACUGCUGACGACCCCUUAGCUGACAUUUCUGAAGUCUUAAACACAGAGGAUGACAUUCUUGGAAUAAUUUCAGAUGACCUUGCAAAAUCAGUUGAUCAUUCAGCAGCAAUAGAUAUUGGCCCUGUCGCCCAUGACCCCGCCUCCGUGCCUCAGCCAGGUGUCAAUCAGAGUUCACGACCAUUGAGUGAGGAGCAGCUGGAUGGGAUCCUUAGUCCCGAACUAGACAAAAUGGUCACAGAUGGAGCCAUUCUCGGGAAGUUAUAUAAAAUUCCAGAGCUUGGAGGGAAGGACGUCGAAGACUUGUUUACCGCUGUGCUCAGCCCUGUGACCGCCCAGCCGACUCCAUUGCCACAGCCUCCCCCUCCUCCUGCGCCACAGCUGAUGCCCAUCCACAGUCAGGAUGUUUUUUCACGGAUGCCCCUCGUGAACGGCCUCAUUGGACCUGGUCCCCGUCUCCCGCACAGCUCUCUGCCUCCCGGGAGCGGGCUGGGGACCUUCUCCGCCAUGGUGCAGUCCCCUUACCCCGAUGCCAGGGAUAAGAACCCCGGAUUUAAUCCACUGGCCGGCGACCCGAACAGCUCUUGGGCGUCCUCUGCUCCCCCCUUGGAAGGGGAGGGCGACACGAUGUCCAACGCCCAGAGAAGCACGCUCAAGUGGGAGAAGGAGGAGGCGCUGGGGGAGAUGGCCACGGUCGCCCCAGUUCUCUACACGAACAUCAACUUCCCCAACCUCAAGGACGAGUUCCCUGACUGGACCACCCGAGUGAAGCAGAUCGCGAAGCUGUGGCGGAAAGCGAGUUCCCAGGAGAGAGCGCCAUACGUGCAAAAAGCCAGAGACAACAGAGCCGCGUUGCGCAUCAACAAAGUGCAAAUGUCCAGCGACUCUCUGAAGAGGCAGCAGCAGCCGGACAGCGGCGACCCCGGCUCUCGGCUCGACUCGGAUCUCUUCAAAGAUCCCUUAAAGCAGAGAGAGUCGGAGCACGAGCAGGAAUGGAAAUUUAGACAGCAAAUGCGCCAGAAGAGCAAGCAGCAGGCGAAGAUCGAGGCCACGCAGAAGCUGGAGCAGGUGAAGAACGAGCAGCAGCAGCUGCAGCAGCAGUUUGGUCCGCAGCCCCUGCCGGCGCCGUCCGGCUCGGACACGCCCAGCAGCGGGAUGCAGAGCCCCCUGACCCCCCAGCCGGGCCCUGGGAACGUGUCCCCCGCGCAGUCAUUCCAUAAAGACCUGUUCACAAAGCCGCUCCCCGGCACCCCGACUUCCGCCCCAGCCGACGACGUGUUUGUGAAGCCGCAGGCGCCGCCGCCACCGCCCACCCCCUCCCGGGUCCCCCUCCAGGAGGGCCCCGCACAGUCUCAGACACCUCAGCCGCCUUCACCACAGGUGUUCUCACCUGGCUCCUCGAACUCCCGGCCGCCCUCCCCAAUGGAUCCUUACGCGAAAAUGGUUGGUACCCCAAGGCCACUUCCUGGGGGCCACGGCUUUUCCAGAAGGAAUUCCGCGCUGGUGGACAGCUGUGCGUCCUCGCCGUCGGGCCCCAGGCCCCCUCACAUGAGCGAGAGCCCAGCCCACAGGCCGUCCCCCGCCCGCGAGUUCUGUUCUUCCUCCUCCGCCAGCAGCGACCCCUAUGCAAAGCCACCAGACACGCCCAGGCCUGCGGCCGGAGACCAGUUUCCCAAAUCCUCGGGCCUGCCCCGGGCCCCGGAGCAAACUGCGAAGGGUCCUCUGGCAGCUGGGAGCAGCGACAACUUCCCCAAAGUGCUUCACAGACAGCGGGUCCCCGACCCGUACGCACGAGCCUUGAUGGCGCCUGCACCCCUCGACGGCGGUCCCGGGCCGUUUAAGACCCCGAUGCAGCCGCCGCCACCCUCCCAGGACCCUUAUGGAUCCGUGUCCCAGGCCCCGAGGCGGCUGCCCCAUGACCCUUACGAAAGGCCGGCUCUGACGCCCAGACCUGCAGAUAACUUUCCCCACGGUCAGUCAAGCGACCCCUACAGCCAGCCUCCCCUGCCCCCGCACCCGGCAGUGAGCGAGUCUUUCGCCCACCCCUCCAGGGCUUUUCCCCAGCUUGGCACCAUGGCCAGGCCGCCUCAGGACCCGUACGCCCAGCCCUCGGGACCAGCCCGCUCCAACCCAGACCCUUACUCUCAGCCUCCUGGAACGCCCCGGCCCCCCGCCAUGGAUCCGUACAGUCAGCAGCCCCCCACCCCACGGCCGCCUACGCAAGCUGAGCUGUUCGUCCCCCCGGCAGCCAGUCCCAGGCACUGUGACCCGUACGCCCGCGCUCCUGGGACCCCGAGGCCGGGUGUCUCCGUGUUCUACACUCAGCCGCCAGCAGCACCUCGGCCAAGGGCGUCGGAGGGUUUUCCUCGGUCCGCAGCGGCCAGACCCAUGCUCAUGCCGGGCCAGGACGCCUUCCUGCAGGCGGCUCAGAGUCGAGGUGCAGCCUUACCGGGCCCUGUGGGGAGGACGCCGGAGGCCUGCUCCCAGACGCCCGGGCCGGGGCCCUGCCUCGCAGACACCUUCAGCCGCGUGUCCCCAUCCGCUGCUCGGGAUCCGUACGACCGGCCGCCAGCGACUCCCAGGCCUCAGGCGGAUGCUCUUGGAGCCAGCCCUGUGGCCCCGGAUGCUGGCGAUCAGCCCCGGCCGGGGUCCGAGGGGAGCUUCGGUGCUCCUGCCAGUGCCCCCAUGAACCCUCAAGGCCAGCAGUUCCCCAGCGCCCCCCAACUGCCCGGCCCGGUGCCGACCUCAGGGGUCACCGACACCCAGAACGCCGUCAACAUGUCUCAGGCGGACACGGAGAAGCUGAGACAGCGGCAGAAGCUGCGCGAGAUCAUCCUGCAGCAGCAGCAGCAGAAGAAGAUGGCGGGGAGGCAGGAGAAGGGGCCGCAGGACGCCCCCGCGGUGCCGCACCCCGGCCACCUGCACUGGCAGCCCGAGGGGGUGGGCCAGGCUUUCAGCAGGCCUCCGCCCCCCUAUCCCGGGAGCAUCCGGCCGCCCGCCGUGCCUCCGCUGGGACCCAGAUAUGCCGUCUUCCCAAAGGACCCGCGGGGACCCUAUCCCCCCGACGUCCCUGGUAUGGGGAUGAGACCCCAUGGAUUCAGAUUUGGGUUUCCAGGAGGUGGUCACGGUGGCCUGUCAAGUCAGGAACGCUUCCUCGUGCCUCCUCAGCAAAUACAGGCGUCUGGAGUCCCUCCCCAGCUGAGGAGGUCCCUGUCCGUCGACAUGCCCAGGCCUUUAAACAGCUCCCAGAUGGGCAGUCCCGUCGGCCUUCCCCAGCAUUUCCCACCGCAGGGCCUGCCGGUGCAGCAACACAGCAUCCUGGGCCAGGCGUUCAUCGAGCUGCGGCACAGGGUCCCCGAGGGGCGGCCACGGCUGCCCUUCGCCGCCGCCCCCGGCCAUGUGCUCGAGGCGCCUCCGCCUCCGAGACUUGGCAGCUUCACCCCCCGGCCGGACUUCCCAGGCCCUCGACACCCGGACCCCGUGAGACGGCCUGCUCAGGGUCUCCCCCAGCCCCUGCCCGUGCCCCCGGCCAUGGAACACGUGCCUCCCUCCCAGCCGGAGCAGGGACACCCUGUCCACCCGUCUUCUGUGGUCCUGCGGUCCCUGGGUCACCCCUUAGGUGCUGAGUUCUCGGAGGCCCCUUUGCCAGCACCUGCCCCCGUCGAGACGGCGUCUGACAACUUACAGGGAACUGCCCCUUCUUCCGACGGCCUCGAAGAGAAACUUGAUUCUGAUGACCCGUCGGUGAAAGAAUUAGAUGUCAAAGACCUGGAGGGGGUGGAAGUCAAGGACCUGGACGACGAGGACCUCGAGAAUCUGAACCUGGACGCCGAGGACGGCAAGGGCGACGAACUGGACACGCUGGGCAAUUUGGAGACGAACGACCCCAACCUGGACGACCUCUUGAGGUCGGGAGAAUUCGAUCUCAUCGCCUACACAGAUCCAGAACUCGACCUGGGAGAUAAGAAGAGCGUGUUUAACGAGGAGUUGGACCUCAGUGUCCCAAUCGACGAUAAGUUAGAGAAUCAGUGUGUGUCUGAACCAAAAAAAAAGGAGCACGAGGAGAAGACGGGGGUUCCCUCUGAUAAACAUCCCCCAUGGAAAAAGCCCACUGUCGCCAGUGAGAUCAAAACAGAAGUUCUGUCCCCAGCGUCUAAGGGGGAAACCAGAUGCGAAAGUGAGCAAAGCGAGGAGGGUCCGGGUCAGGCCAACGGGCCCUGCUCCCAGGCGGCCACGCCCGCAGAUGGGCGCGGGGGCAACGAGGCCCCGCUGCCGCCCAGUGACGUGGACCUGCCCGACCCCCGAGCGCAUCGCGACGCCGCCGGAGCAGCUCCCGGGCCCACGCCGCUGCCUGCCGGAGACGCGGCCAGCUCCUGCGGCGUGCCGGGCUCCGCGCCCGUUCUCUCCAGUUUACUUGCGAAUGAAAAACCAGACGCUCCAGACAUGAGGCCAUUGGGGUCUCCACCGCCAACGUUGCCGGCCUCACCGUCCAGCCACGUGUCGAGUCUGCCGCCUCCGCUGAUGUCGCCGCCCGGGCCUGUCCUGGACCACCCCGUGAACUCCAACGUGGCCCUCGUCUCUAGGGUCAACCAUGCGUUUCCUCAGGGCGUGCAGGUGACUCCAGGAUUCUUGCCGGGUCCCUCCGCAGUGAGUCAUGGUUUCGGGACAGGAAAACCUGUGAGUCAGACCGUGCCUCUCCCCAGCCAGCCUGGGGCCGCUGGCUUGUCGGCACCCCAGCCGCUGACGGUGCCCCCGACGCUGGCCCAGCAGAGCAGGGAGCGGCCCCUCCUCCUGGAGGAGCAGCCUCUGCUGCUGCAGGAUCUUCUGGACCAAGAGCGGCAGGAGCAGCAGCAGCAGAGGCAGAUGCAGGCGAUGAUCCGGCAGCGGUCGGAGCCCUUCUUCCCCAACAUCGAUUUUGAUGCAAUUACAGACCCUAUCAUGAAAGCCAAGAUGGUGGCCCUGAAAGGCAUAAACAAGGUCAUGGCACAGAGCAACAUGGGCAUGCCCCCAAUGGUCAUGAACAGGUUCUCGUUCAUGGGCCAGUCGGUGACUGGAGCCCAGUCCAGUGACAGCCAGACCCUCCUGCCACAGGCCGUUCCUCAGGAUGGCAGUUUAACACAUCAGCUUUCUAGGCCUAAUCCUCCAAAUUUUGGUCCAGGCUUUGUCAACGACUCGCAGCGGAAGCAGUACGAGGAGUGGCUGCAGGAGACGCAGCAGCUGCUGCAGCUGCAGCAGAAGUACCUGGAGGAACAAAUCGGCGCGCACAGGAAGUCCAAGAAGGCGCUGUCGGCCAAGCAGCGCACCGCCAAGAAGGCCGGGCGCGAGUUCCCGGAGGAGGACGCGGAGCAGCUCAAGCACGUGACCGAGCAGCAGAGCAUGGUGCAGAAGCAGCUGGAGCAGAUCCGGAAGCAGCAGAAGGAGCACGCGGAGCUGAUGGAGGACUACCGGAUCAAGCAGCAGCAGUGCGCCGUGGCCCCGCCCGUCGUCGUGCCCAGGGUGCCGCCCCAGCCACCCCUGGUUCCCGGAGCUGCCCCCCCCGCCAUGGGCCAGCCUGGCUUCCCCCUGGCCGCCCCGCCGCUGCAGCACACCUCUGUCCUUCCUGGCCACGCCAGCCCCGCACGGAUGCCCGGCUUGCCCGGAUGGCAGCCUCCCAGUGCCCCUGCUCACCUCCCCCUCAACCCUCCCCGGAUUCAGCCUCCAGUUGCCCAAUUACCAAUGAAAACUUGCCCACCAGCCCCAGGGACAGCGCCCAAUGCAAAUCCACAGAGCGGCCCGCCUCCACGGGUGGAGUUUGACGACAACAACCCCUUCAGCGAGAGUUUCCAAGAGCGAGAGCGGAAGGAGCGUCUGCGAGAGCAGCAGGAGAGGCAGCGCAUCCAGCUCAUGCAGGAGGUGGACCGCCAGCGGGCUCUGCAGCAGAGCUUGGAGCUGGAGCCGCGGGGCCUGGCCGGCCCCGAGCUGAGCGCCAGGGCCGCUGUCCCCUUCUACGGGCCUGACCUGCCGCGCGACUUCCUGCAGCAGUCUCCUCAGCACCAGCAGCAGGGGGGCCUGCAACAGGGGUCUGUUAACUCACCCCCCGCCCCAGCGUUCAUGCAGACCAAUGAGCGGAGGCAGAUAGGAGCCCCCGCCUUUGUCCCCGACUCGCCGGCAGUUCCUGGCGGGAGCCCGACCUUCCACCCUGGCAAGCAGGCACACACGGCUCCCCCCGGGGCUGGCCUCCAGCAGUCCCCUGUGAGGCCCUUCCCGCCUGCCUUGGCCACAGCACUGCCGGGCGCCCACAGCAGCCUCCCCUGCGGCCAAGACUCCGCCGUGACCCACGCCCCAGGCUACCCCGGAUCCGCCCAGUCUCUCAUCCAGCUGUACUCUGAUAUCAUCCCAGAGGAAAAGGGGAAGAAGAAAAGAACCAGAAAGAAGAAGAAAGAUGAUGAGACAGACUCCACCAGGGCUCCGUCCACUCCGCACUCAGAUAUCACUGCUCCGCCGACCCCGAGUGUCUCCGAAACUACCUCCACGCCCACAGUGCACACGCCCAGUGAGCUUCCCCCGCAAGGAGAGCCCGAGGCCGUGGAAGCAGGUGGCCCGUUGGCUCCUAGUGCGGCCGCCGGGCAGCGGUGCGCGGACCUGGACACCGGCCUGCCGCACGGCGAGUUCUCACGGGGAACCCCGCGCCAACAGGCUGCGGAGGUGGACAAGCGGCCCGCGGACACCCCUGCCGCGGCCAAGGAGGUCAAACCCGAGACGGCCGAGCCCCAGCAGUGCCCGGGCCUGGAGAGGCCUCCCUCCGAGGGACAAGCUGGGGGUCAGGCUGCGGAGACGGCCGCGGUCUGUCCAGUCCCCGCGGGGCAGAGCCCCCCCCACCCUGCCGGGGCCCCUGCUGCCAAAGGAGACUCGGGCAACGAGCUUCUGAAGCACCUGCUGAAGAACAGGAAGGCCGCGGCCCCUGCGGCCCCGAAGCCUGACGGUGCUUCGUGCCCAGAAAAGGACGGGGGGAAGGACAGCCAGCCGCUGGAGAGGCGGACCGCCGCCCCAGGACCGUUACAUCAGCAAACCCUGGGGGCUCCCGUGCAAGGUGGCCUUGGCUGUGGCAACAGCCAGUUGCCGAAAGCAGAUGCAGGAGGCGAAACCAAGAAACAGAGAAGUAAACGAACCCAGAGGACAGGGGAGAAGGCAGCUCCUCGCUCGAAGAAAAGGAGGAAGGACGAGGAGGAGAAGCAAGCCGUGUAUUCUGCCGUCGACACCUUUACCCACCUGAAGCAGCAGCUCUCUCUGCUCCCUCUAAUGGAACCAAUCAUUGGAGUGAACUUUGCGCACUUUCUUCCUUAUGGCAGUGGCCAAUUUAAUAGUGGGAGUCGACUUCUAGGAACUUUUGGCAGUGCGACCCUUGACGGGGUUUCGGAUUACUAUUCUCAGUUGAUCUACAAGCAGAAUAAUUUAAGUAAUCCUCCAACACCCCCUGCCUCUCUUCCUCCUACACCACCUCCUGUGGCCUGUCAGAAGAUGGCAAAUGGCUUCGCCACCACUGAAGAGCUUGCUGGGAAAGCCGGAGUGUUAGUGAGCCACGAAGUUACCAAGAGUCUGGGCCCUAGACCAUUCCAGCUGCCGUUCCGCUCCCAGGAUGACUUGCUGGCCAGAGCCAUUGCUCAAGGCCCACAGACUGUCGACGUCCCAGCGUCCCUGCCGACACCACCUCACAACAACCAGGAGGAGUUAAGGAUGCAGGACCACGGUGUUGAGCGGGACUCUCCUGACAGCUUUGUCCCCUCAUCCUCUCCCGAGAGUGUGGUGGGGAUGGAAGUGAGCAGAUACCCAGACUUGUCGCUGGUCAAAGAGGAGCCCCCGGAGCCGGUGCCGUCCCCCAUCAUCCCGAUGCUCCCCAGCAACACUGGGAAAGGUUCCGAGCCCAGAAGGAAUGACAUCAAAAUGGAGCCGGGCACUUUCUUGUUCUCACCACCAUUUGGUUCUUCCCCAAAUGGCCCUAGGUCGGGCCUGAUAUCUGUGGCCAUCACUCUGCAUCCGACAGCUGCUGAGAACAUCAGCAGCGUUGUGGCUGCCUUUUCCGACCUUCUUCACGUCCGAAUCCCUAACAGCUAUGAGGUUAGUAAUGCUCCAGACGUUCCAUCCGUGGGUUUGGUCAAUAGCCACAGAGUAAACCCAGGUUUGGAGUAUCGACAGCAUUUAUUUCUUCGUGGGCCUCCACCAGGAUCUGCGAACCCUCCCCGAUUAGCAAGCUCUUACCGGCUGAAGCCGCCCAGCGCACCGUUCCCUCCAACGAGCAAUGGUCUUUCCGGGUACAGGGAUUCUGGUCGCGGCGUCGCAGAGAGCAUGGCACUCAGAACCCAGUGGUGUUGUCACUGCAAAGUGGUCGUUCUUGGGAGCGGUGUGCGGAAACCUCUCAGAGACCUGGCCUUUCUGAACAAGGAUUCCCGCGAAAGCGCCGGUCAAGUGGAGAAGGACAUUGUCUUCUGUAGUAAUAACUGCUUUAUUCUUUACUCGUCGACUGCUCAAGCAAAAAUCUCAGAAAGCAAGGAGUCCAUUCCUCCAUUGCCACAAUCGCCUCUGAAAGAGACUCCUUCCAGAACGUUCCAUCAGUACAGCAACAACACCUCCACUCUGGACGUGCACUGUCUCCCGCAGCUCCAGGAAAAGGCUUCGCCCCCGGCAUCGCCUCCCAUCACUUUCCCUCCAGCCUUUGAAGCGGCCAAAGUGGAGGCCAAGCCUGACGAGCUGAAGGUGACGGUGAAGCUGAAGCCGCGGCUGCGCGCCGUGCACGGCGGGCUCGAGGACUGCAGGCCGCUGCCCAAGAAGUGGCGCGGGGUGAAGUGGAAGAAGUGGGGCGUGCACAUCAUGAUCCCCAAGGGCUCCUUCAAACCGCCUUGUGAGGACGACAUCGAUGAAUUCCUCAAGAAGCUGGGCACUUCCCUGAGACCCGACCCUGUGCCCAAAGACUCUCGGAAGUGUUGCUUCUGCCACGAAGAAGGCGAUGGCCUGACGGACGGGCCGGCCCGGCUGCUCAACCUGGACCUGGACCUGUGGGUCCACUUGAACUGUGCUCUGUGGUCCACCGAGGUCUAUGAGACCCAGGCCGGCGCCCUAAUCAACGUGGAGCUCGCCCUGCGGAGGGGCCUGCACAUGAAGUGUGUCUUCUGUCAUAAGACGGGGGCCACCAGUGGGUGCCACCGGCUGCGCUGCACCAGCAUCUAUCACUUCACCUGCGCCAUGAAAGCACAAUGCAUGUUUUUUAAGGAUAAAACUAUGCUUUGUCCCAUGCACAAACCAAAGGGAAUUCAUGAGCAGGAAUUAAGCUACUUCGCGGUCUUCCGGAGGGUCUACGUGCAACGGGACGAGGUGCGCCAGAUCGCCAGCAUCGUGCAGCGAGGGGAGCGCGACCACACCUUCCGCGUCGGGAGCCUCAUCUUCCACACGAUCGGCCAGCUGCUCCCGCAGCAGAUGCAGGCCUUCCACUCGCCCAAGGCGCUCUUCCCCGUCGGCUACGAAGCCAGCCGGCUCUACUGGAGCACGCGCUACGCCAACAGGCGCUGCCGCUACCUGUGCUCCAUCGAGGAGAAAGAUGGGCGCCCCGUGUUCGUCAUCAGGAUCGUGGAGCAGGGCCACGAAGAUCUCGUCCUGAGCGACACCUCACCCAAAGGUGUUUGGGAUAAAAUCUUGGAGCCGGUGGCCUGUGUGAGGAAACAGUCUGAGAUGCUGCAGCUUUUCCCGGCCUAUUUGAAAGGAGAGGAUCUGUUUGGCCUGACUGUCUCUGCAGUGGCCCGGAUCGCGGAAUCGCUCCCUGGGGUUGAGGCAUGUGAAAACUACACCUUCCGAUAUGGCCGGAACCCUCUCAUGGAACUUCCUCUUGCUGUUAACCCCACAGGUUGUGCCCGUUCUGAACCUAAAAUGAGUGCCCAUGUCAAGAGGUUUGUGUUAAGGCCUCACACCCUGAACAGCACCAGCACCUCCAAGUCCUUCCAGAGCACAGUCACGGGGGAACUGAACGCCCCUUACAGCAAGCAGUUCGUCCACUCCAAGUCCUCGCAGUACCGCAAGAUGAAGACCGAGUGGAAGUCCAACGUGUACCUUGCCCGGUCUCGGAUCCAGGGGCUGGGCCUGUACGCUGCGAGAGAUAUCGAGAAGCACACCAUGGUCAUUGAAUACAUUGGGACCAUCAUUCGAAAUGAAGUCGCAAACAGAAAAGAGAAACUUUAUGAGUCUCAGAACCGAGGUGUGUACAUGUUCCGAAUGGAUAAUGACCACGUGAUCGAUGCGACACUUACGGGAGGGCCUGCGAGGUAUAUCAACCAUUCGUGUGCACCGAACUGUGUGGCCGAAGUGGUGACUUUCGAGCGGGGACACAAAAUCAUCAUCAGCUCCAGCCGGAGGAUCCAGAAAGGAGAAGAGCUGUGCUAUGACUAUAAGUUUGACUUCGAAGACGACCAGCACAAGAUCCCCUGUCACUGUGGAGCCGUGAACUGCCGCAAGUGGAUGAACUGAGCGCGUCCGGCUGUCUCGGCGGGCAGCUUGUCCCUAGGAAGGAGGAGUCAACACACCGUUUGGAUUUGGCAGCAGAAGAUAUUUUUGUUCUCUGUGUUAUGACUUUGAAACCUAGCUUCUGGGAGUUCUGGUUUCCUCAGUCCUUCAGGAAAGGGGGCCCCAGGAGACAGCUGCCUUGAGCAGCUCUCCUGAAGAUGCUGAGGUUAACCAGAACUACAGGAUGGUCCAGCACUU